UCAGAUACCAGUUGUAGCUGUUGUGUUUGCUGACUUUUGAUGUGUACCAGAAGUCAGCAAUGUCGAUAUGUCCAUCUGGUGUUCCGCGAGUCGGCAGACCAAAUGUCGCGAUCUAUUACCUGUUGAUCCUUCUAGGCCUAUGUCUUGGUGCUGAUGCAGGUAAGACUACGUACUACGACAGCCCCCGACUGCCAACGACGCUGGUGCCCUUUCACUAUGAACUGAAGUUGCUUACCCGCCUGGAGAACUCGUCCACCUUUGGCUACGAGGGCGCCGUGAACAUUUCAUUCUUCGUCCACAAGUCCACAGAUGUGGUGGUGCUCCACGCCAAUGACUUCAGCAUUAAGUUGGGAAAAAUCCGGCUUCUGGAAUGGAACACACUGAACAAGUACGAAGUUACGGAGUUCAACUUUAAUAGAAAGUUGGACUAUCUAAUAAUAAAAGUGGACAGUUACUUGAAAGAGGGUAGGUACUACAGUCUGAAUAUCGAGUUCGGUCGACGAAUGUCGGAGAACAGAAGAGGGGGCUACUUUUUGGUCUACUCCACGGAUGUGGUGUCGCAGCAGAAAAGCUGGUACUCGCUCACCCACUUUGAGCCCCGCUCCAUGAGGUACACUAUGCCCUGUUUCGACGAGCCCGCUCUUAAGGCCACUUUCAAUGUGACCCUGGGCCACCACAAGCGCUUCCAGAGCUUCAGCACCAUGAAAGUGGUAUCAGUGUUGGCCCACAAGGAAAUGAAGGACUACGUGUGGUCGGUUCACGAGACGACGCCACUGAUGCCGACCUACUUACUGGCCUUCUCCAUUAACAACUUAACCUGCACUUUCAGUCAGACUGGUGGUCCAACUCCCGUCCGAAUCCGCACCUGCGCCAAGUCCAGCGAGCUCAGGCUCACGACAUUCGCCUCUCAAAAGGCUCCUUUGUUCCUCGAAUACUUUGAGCAAGUGCUCGACAUGGUCCUCCCCCUCAACAAAAUCGAUCAGCUGGCGGUGGAAAAGUAUCCCACCGAUGCCAUAGAGAACUGGGGCCUGGUAGUCUACUCCAGCGACUUAAUACUGCAAACCGACGAGCCUGACAUCUCCGAGCCGUCCCGUUUCAGGUUGCAGGCCCUGCAGUUAAUCUCUCAUGAAAUAGCUCACAUGUGGUUCGGCAACCUGAUCACCGUCGCCUGGUGGACUGAUGUCUGGCUGAAGGAGGGCCUCACCGGCUACUUUGAAGUUUUGGGCAUUGAUCAUUUGUAUCCGAGACUUGGUCGCAGGAUUCUGGCUAAGUAUCGAGAGACGACCCUGAUGCACGAGGCAGAGAGCGGAGGCAUAUUCGUGUCCAUCAAGGAUAUACAAGCGAACACUUCCAAUAAAUACGCGUACCAGAAGGCAACGUCCGUGCUGCACAUGGCGGAGGGUAUGGUGGGAAAUACGACCUUCCUUGAUGCCAUCCAUCGGUACCUGUACCAGUACGCAUUGGCCAGCGCGACAACGGAUCAGUUUUUUGAGAGCAUCCAGCAGGCCAGUGACCGUGCCAAAUCCCUGCCCGAUUACGCUUACGUCAAGGCCAUCAUGGACACAUGGAUACUCCAGAACGGCUAUCCGGUAGUGAAUGUGAUAAGGAAUACUAGCCUGGUACUCAUUCAGAACCACUUCUCCUUCAACGAGUCCCGGAAGGAGGCCUGGUGGAUUCCCCUGACAUACACGAUCCAGAGCGAGCAGAACUUCAGUGACACCAGACCGAAGGCCUUCUUUCCGGCCAACAGUCCGCUGCUGAACCUGGACGUCUUCGUUCCCGAGAACGAUUGGAUCAUCUUCAAUGUCCAGGCCAUGGGUUAUUACAGGGUUAACUACGACGAGAAGAACUGGGAUCUGAUUGCAAAAGCUCUGUCGGAGGACCACCAGAGCAUUCACGUGCUGAAUAGGGCGCAAAUUGUGAGCGAUGCUUUGUUUCUCUGGAAGAACAAGCGCAUCAGUUGGUCGACCGCGCUGAAUGUCCUCAAGUACCUCGUCGACGAGGACGAGUUCGAGCCCCUGAUGGCAUUGGUUGUCGGAGUGACCAACGGCUUCUGGGGCGUGUCCCCGGAGAGUUCCAUGGCGAUUGCGAAAUGGCUGAGCAAUGCUGGAAAGUGGUAUGCAGAGUUCAUCAAUUAUACGUUCGACCAGUUGGUGUUCAUCGAUAAUAUUCUGGAGUCCGCUGACGAUACCUCGGUAGAAGACUAACCACAGGCAACGGGAGACCAUUCAGGAACCGCAGAAUAAUGGGCAUACAGCCAUCCGCUUUCUAUUCUGCUGCUUCACCGCAUCUCUUUGGGGGAUAGGGAGCGAAAUGAAACCGCCAUCAAUGAACCGCAAUUGUAUUUGUUUGCAAAUAACUGAGCGUUAUCUGAGACUAUUUAUCUUUAUCUACAAUGACAAAAACAAAAACAACAACAACAACACCAGCAAGGCCAGGCCAGGCCAG